UAUGUCUUCUCUUUUCCUUGGUCUCACAUCAGUAGUUCAGAUGGGGUGAGCAGCAGUGGCAACAGGGAAGGACACUGGUAUAACUUUAGUCAUUGUCUAUCCAUGAUGGGAACCAAUAAAUUGUACCCCAUUCCUUUGAUCUUGGGUCGGCAGCACAUUUCCAUGCUAAACCCUUAUUUUCACAACUUUCAUGAGGUCCAUGCUGGUUCACUACUGCAUUCUCCAACCUCAGAACCACAACGACACUUACUGUUCACAGGUUUGCUCUCAUUUGUUCUCAUCUUGGUUUCUCUCUUUCUCCCUCUUUCCUUAUAACCUGUACGACAUGGCAGGGGUGAGAAUCUAAGACAGCAUUCAGGCUAUGAGGACUCAGAGUCCAUUCCCUUGAGCACUUGGAUAUUGGCUCUGUCGAUUGGUGGGAGUUUAUUUAAUCCUUCAGAGGGUAAUGUGGAAAGAUUUGGUAAAGAGUUUUAAACAAGCACAUGACUUUUGAAGCAGAAAUUACCCUUCCGGAGAGUCUAAGAAAAUAUCAGGUUUAUGGGACCGUAUUUCACAUGAACCAUGGAAACCCAUUCAAGCUAAAGGCCCUUGUGGACAAGUGGCCUGAUUUUAAUACGGUGGUUGUCCGCCCUCAGGAGCAGGAUAUGACAGAUGACCUUGAUCACUACACCAAUGCUUACCAAGUCUACUCCAAGGACCCACAGAACUGUCAGGAAUUCCUUGGUUCUCCAGGAGUGAUCAAUUGGAAACAGCAUCUGCAGAUUCAGAGUUGCCAGCCCAGCCUGAAUGAGGCAAUACAAAAUCUCGCAGUAACUAAAUCUUUCAAAAUCCAACGCUCAGAGAACAUUCUCUUCAUCAGAUCCGAGACCCUCAAGAACCUAAACCCUUCCCUGCAGGAUACAAAGACUUUACCGCCUGGGGAUGGGAUGCCCAAGGCCAUCAACCAAGACAAGUUUAAAUUCUCAUCGCUGGAUCCUUCCCACGCUGCCUUAGUGGAUAAAUUUUGGCUUUUUGGUGGCAAUGAGAGGAGCCAGAAAUUCAUCAGGCGCUGUAUCCAGAACUUCCAGAGCAUCUGCUUGCUGGAGCCUGAGGGGACCCCAGUGUCCUGGGCCCUCAUGGAUUACACUGGAGAAACGCGAAUGGGAGGCACCCUGCCUGAGUACCGUGCCCAGGGCCUCGUGUCCAAUGUCAUAUAUAUGCAGGUCCAGGCCAUGGUCAGACUGGGCUUUCCCGUCUAUUCUCACACAAGCAGGAGCAACAUAACUAUGCAAAAAGUAAGCCAGACUCUGCAUCAUGUCCCCAUGCCCUGCGACUGGAACCAGUGGCUCUGUGUGCCCUUGUGAAGCUGGUCCUGAACACAGCCCAGUGAGGGGUGGGCCUGGGCACGUCACUGGAGGAGCAAAAGGUAGGAGAAGAGAAAUAAGCUGAAUCAGCAGUGAAGGGCCCUGUUUGGGCUCUGCAGGAGGAGUGUGAACAGUCAACAGGACUUUCCUGGUCCCUGUGCGCAUGGACUUCCCUCAGGUCCCUCAGAUGGAAGCAGACCCUGUUGCUUCUGCAUUAAACCCAUGUGAUUUAACAGCCCCACACUUCAUCAGCUAUCGAAUGCUCCAAAAUACUUCUUCUGGGACUCCUAAUGAGGCGGUUGGAAGAUCCUUGAUAAUCCUGCUGGGAGGGGGAGAUAGUAUUUUCCAGCAACUACGACUAAAUCCUCUUUCUCUCUAUGGCUUUUCCUUCCAUGAGCAGCAGGUGGACUCUCUUCAUCAGGUCUUUAGAGAGUAGCUUCUCCUCUGUUUGCGACUUUGUAGGUAUGUUAACUCUGUGCCAUGCAAAUUAUUUGGGCUAUUAGGUUAAACACACUCAACAUGACAUAGCCAGAAGAAUUAUUAAGAAAAAAGACUAACUCCUUUAACUUCUCCUCCCCCAGCUCCCACCCCAGGAAAAAUGAUCCAGCGUUGCUUCUAACAUCUGGGCUUCCCAAACCCACUGCACCCAUCAAGUAAUAAAGAGAUUUUUACCCUUGA